GUGGCGGCGCGGACGCUCACCUGGCGGAGCCUUCUCCUCCCUCUCCUCCUCCUGCCCCCGCCCCCACCUGCCCUCCUCCUCUCCGAGUGGGAAAGCGUCGGGAUCCGUAGGCAAGGAAAUAACGACCCCUGCAGUUGCAUUGCGGAAAAUCUCGGCGGCGGCGCUAGUUGCGGGCGAUGGAAGCAAGGCAACUGCGGGGUCUGGGGAGCCCUGGAAAACAGCAGAAAAGCAGAAAGCGCGCGGGCAACGCGGGGAGCCAGUGAGCCUCCCGACGCGCCCCAGUCGCGAGAGCCCAACCUUGGGCUCGCCGUCCUGGAAGCAGCGCCCGAACCGGCCUGGAAGGCGGCUGGCGGCGAGCGGACUUGGGGAGCAGGGAGGGUCAACGGAGGCUGAUGGUGACCCGUGUUUUCGGGCAAUAAUCCCCGCUUCUGUUUCUUUCUCUGUGUGCCGUGUCUCCUCCUCUCCCCCCUACCUCCGGAAGCAGGAGAACAGGCCAGAUUGAAGCCAGCAGCCAUCCUCUGACCAUGCCCUGGUGAAGGGGGCGGACUUCGAGGGCAACUUGUCGCGGACUACCUGGGCUCAGCGAGCAUACGGGAAGAGGCCAAGAGCCCGGAACUGCACUGCUCGGCCCGGUGGGGGGCUGUUGUCUAUGUCUUCUUGGGGCGCCCGGCGGAUCGGGGUCUCGGUUUUGCAGAAAGAGCCCAGUGCUGGUGGCUUCAGGUGGCUGACACCGCCACCACCGCCGUCGCCUCAAGUGCUGUUUCCACCGUUGGUGAGAGGAGCAGAGACGCAAGAGCGGGGAGACCUCCGAGGCAGAGAGGCAUCGGACAUGUGUCAGCACAUCUGGGGAGCACAUCCGAAGAGCCCGAGGGGAGAUUUGCCAAAACAAUUCAAACUGCGUUAUUGAUCGUGGGGGUGACUGCCUCUGGCCGGCUGUCGGGCGGGAGCGCGAGUGUGCGCUCUCUGGAGAGUGUGUGCGUGUGUGUAUGUGUGUGCCGUGUCGGGCUCCCCCCUUCCCCCCUGUUUUCCCGUCGAGUGAUGCACCUGGAAUGAGAAUCAGAGGAUGGAAAUAGUCUGGGAGGUGCUUUUUCUUCUUCAAGCCAAUUUCAUCGUCUGCAUAUCAGCUCAACAGAAUUCACCAAAAAUCCAUGAAGGCUGGUGGGCAUACAAGGAGGUGGUCCAGGGAAGCUUUGUUCCAGUUCCUUCUUUCUGGGGAUUGGUGAACUCAGCUUGGAAUCUUUGCUCUGUGGGAAAACGGCAGUCGCCAGUCAACAUAGAGACCAGUCACAUGAUCUUCGAUCCCUUUCUGACACCUCUGCGCAUCAACACUGGAGGCAGAAAGGUCAGUGGGACCAUGUACAACACUGGAAGGCAUGUGUCCCUCCGCCUGGACAAGGAGCACUUGGUCAACAUUUCAGGAGGGCCCAUGACAUACAGCCACCGCCUGGAGGAGAUCCGGCUACACUUUGGGAGUGAGGACAGCCAAGGGUCCGAGCACCUCCUCAAUGGACAGGCCUUCUCUGGGGAGGUACAACUCAUCCACUAUAACCACGAGCUAUACACAAAUGUCACAGAAGCUGCGAAGAGUCCGAAUGGAUUGGUGGUAGUUUCUAUAUUUAUAAAAGUUUCUGAUUCAUCAAACCCAUUUCUUAAUCGAAUGCUCAACAGAGAUACUAUCACAAGAAUAACAUAUAAAAAUGAUGCAUAUUUACUACAGGGACUUAAUAUAGAGGAACUGUAUCCAGAGACCUCUAGCUUCAUCACUUACGAUGGGUCGAUGACUAUCCCGCCCUGCUAUGAGACGGCGAGUUGGGUAAUAAUGAACAAGCCUGUAUACAUAACCAGGAUGCAGAUGCAUUCCCUACGCCUCCUCAGCCAGAAUCAGCCAUCGCAGAUCUUUCUGAGCAUGAGUGACAACUUCAGGCCUGUCCAGCCACUCAACAACCGCUGUAUCCGCACCAACAUCAACUUCAGCUUACAGGGGAAGGACUGUCCUAACAACAGGGCCCAGAAGCUGCAGUACAGAGUAAACGAAUGGCUCCUCAAGUAGGGAACUAAGCCAAGAAGAAUCCCACCUCAGUGAAAUUCUACAACUGUGAAUUGACGUAACUCAGAAUGCCCCCUCUUUCUUCCUUCUCCUUCCUCCCCUAAGCCUUUCACUCUUUGGAUUGGCCCCUUCUUCAUAAAAACUGUUUGCAAAAA